UUAGUUUUAAGGUGGCGGUAAUCAUUUGGGGUUCUUAUCACAGCAAGGCUACCGGCUCACGAAGACAACGUAGAUACAGUAAUCAGUAGACAAAAUGGCGAUCUUCGCUGUAGUGAUGUUGACCUGCUUGUUGCCAUGCCUACAUGCCAUGUUACCGGCUAUGGCUAGUGUCAAUCUGACGAAUAUUCACGACUGGGGGACCAGAUUUGAGGGCAUGUUUCAAUUUCCUAUUGACGAAGAAGUAUAUGGAUGGGAGAUCAAGGUCCAUUUUAACUAUCCCGUCAUCCUCCAUCUCGGUGAACACAAAACAACCAUUUACAGCACCUCGGCUGACAAGAGAACGUUCGUGUUGGUCAACAUCCUCAGUCAGGGCAUCAUGCAUGCGAACGGUACUUUGUCCAUGACCAUCACCGGUCAGUACAACCGUUCGACCUCUGACCCCCCGAUUGCAGCAACGGCAACAUUCGUCAACCUGAUACACGACGAACAAGUCGUCGCAUCGUCACCAGCGGCAGUCGCGUCUGAGAAGUACAAUUACGCCGAGGUCCUCGAAAAGUCCAUCCUAUUCUACGAGGCCCAGCGAUCUGGGAAACUGCCUCCCACAAACCGUAUACCGUGGAGAGGGGACUCGGCCAUGAACGACCGAGGGCAGAAUGGGGAGGAUCUCACAGGGGGCUGGUUUGACGCGGGUGAUCACAUAAAAUUCGCGUUGCCUCUAGCUAGCAGUGUGUCAAUGUUGGCAUGGGGUCUCGUCGAGUUUAAGGACGCUUAUGUUGGUGCCGGGCAACUGGACAAUAUGUACGACAGUAUCCGAUGGCCCCUGGAGUGGAUGAUGAAAGCACAUACGGGUCCUAACGAGCUAUAUGUUCAGGUCGGGGAUGUUGACCUUGAUCACCACUUCUGGGGAAGACCGGAAGAUAUGAAAAUGGCACGACCAGCCUAUAAGAUAACUGCUGAAAAGCCCGGAAGUGACGUAGCUGGCGAGUUCGCUGCAGCUAUGGCGGCAAGUUAUAUUGCGUUUAAGGACAAGGAUCCACAAUUUGCGGCCGACCUCCUUAGACAUGCCAGAGAGAUCUACGCCUUUGCGCUGCAGUACAAUGGUACCUACAGUAAAAGUCUCCCUCAGUCGGCUGGUGCUGCUUAUGGGUCUUCGGACUACGAUGACGAAAUGUGCUGGGGAGGGGCGUGGCUGUAUUUGGCCACAGGUGAGGAGAAAUUCCUGACAGAUUCCAAGAAAUAUCACCAUCCGGGAACUAGCUGGGGACAGUCCUGGGGUAACAAGGAUAUAGGUUGUAAGGUAUUACUGUACAAUGUCACCGGAGAAGACAAGUAUAAGGCUGAUAUUACAGGCACAUUCACGGAUUGGAUGCCCGGAGGAAGUCUCCCCUACUUCAAAAGUGGCCUAGCCUUCCGCGACCAAUGGGGAUCUCUCAGGCAUGCUGCCAAUAUGGCGUUCGUAGCUUUGGUAGCUGCUGAGCAUGGAAUAAAUAGCGACGCAUACCGCGCAUGGGCGAAGUCUCAGAUCCAUAUCGCUCUGGGAGACACCGGAAGGAGUUUUGUGGUUGGUUUUGGCGUUAACCCGCCCAGUCAUCCUCACCACAGGGCAAGUUCCUGCCCAUCGAUGCCAGCACCAUGCUCUUUUGAGGCGCUGACCAGGCCGGAGUCAAGCCCCCACACGGUAUACGGCGGACUUGUGGGCGGGCCGAGCCAGGAGGGUAGUUAUAUAGACGACAGACAGGAUUACAAACAGAACGAAGUGGCCUGUGAUUAUAACGCGGGCUUCCAGUCAGCUGUAGCAGGUCUGAAGCAUCUCUCAUUAACUGGACAACUAGCCUAGAUUUUAACUGUUUCUAUCUUAUUAACAAUAAAAAAAGGUAUAUUUCAG